CCGCAGUCGCGAAAAGUCACGAGUCGCGAUCGCAUCGUCGAAUCACACACGGGCCAAAGAAGAGAAGAUAUGUCAAGAAGAAGAGAAGAACGUCAAGUGUAUACUGAUGAAGAAUACGACGAUUUAAUCAAGCCUAUCAUGAUAGCUACCAAAUUCGUCUGUUUUUGGCCUUUGAACAGGGACCAUUCAACCAGUGCGGAGCGGUUCAGGACUUGUCACUUGCUCUUGACGUUUUUCGUAAUCAUCACAACGUAUGUCGGCCAAACGAGUGAUAUGGUUUACAAUUUUAACGAUUUGGACGAAUUGACAGUAUCCGGUCUAAUGUGCAUCGCGUUUUUUCUCGCCAUAAUACGUCUCAUUGUCUACUCGUCUCAUCAAAAAGAUAUGCUGUACGUGGUCGAAACUAUGAGAAAGGAUUGGACUUGUUCGUCUUACGAAGAUAAAGUUAUUCUGAGGGAGAAGUGCCUUUUUGCGUUUCGGCUCGCAAAAACCUUUGUAAUUAUGGUAACUGCAACCGUAACUUCUAUGGCAUGCAUAUCAAUUUUAGAGACGAUCUCACCUGCCUUUGAGUACAUCUAUAUCUUCAAUUUAAUCGGCGGUUGUUUCGGGGGUGGCACGAUAAUCGGCGCAACCUCUUUCAAUCUCAUUGCGAUAACACAUGGAUCAGCGAAAUUUGCGGUGCUGCGAAAGAAGCUGGAGGCAAUGGACAGUAAUGAUCCCGAUGCUGACAGAGCAAUGGUCAACUGCAUUAAGGAUCAUCAAGAUGCUAUCACUUUUGCGGAUACGCUCGAAAGAAUUAUAAAUCUCUUGACGUUAGGACAAUUUGUCGUCAGCACCGGCUUGGUUUGCUUCGCGGGAUUUCAGAUCACUUCGAUGUUGGAAAACAAGGGACGCUUGGUGAUAUAUACGAUGUUUCUACAAACCGCCAUCCUCGAGCUUUUCAUGUUCAGUUUCAGCGGAAACGCGUUAAUAGAUGAGAGCGGUGCUGUGGGCCAGUCGGCUUACUGUAGCUACUGGAUCGGCGGCACUUUCAGUCGCAGUCUACAGAUCGUGAUGAUGCGGUCGAAAGUUCCUUCCAGGAUCACCGCCGCAAAGUUCUACAGCAUGUCUCUCGAAAGUUUCUCUCAAGUGCUCAGCACGUCUUUCUCCUAUAUAAUGGUUCUGAUGACAAUGAGCGAGGAGUAAGGAUCAGCAGUAUUGGCAAUCGUAGCGUCGGUUCUAUCUCACAGAGAAUAUUAUAGUCGAUCCGUUAACCCGAAAAUAUCAUGCGCGGAUCAAAGUGGAACCUCGCUUGAAAGUCACGGCGCACUUCUAAGAUAUAGCAUAAAAGACGGAUAAAGCGCUUCAAAGGAAUCAAGAUGAAGGCCAUGCGCGGUAAAAUGUAAUACACGUAUGAGGGGAACGGGCUGCGAUGACCCGAGAGAGCCUUCUUAGCCGGCUAUACUUGUUCUCUGUUAAAUUUGAGAGACGUUCCUCCCUCGCGGGUGAACGCAGGCACAGUAAAUUGCCCUCUGAUUAAUUUCCCGCCGAUAAACCCGCGUUAAGCCGCGGUCGUCACCGUCGCGCAACACGAUAACCCAGUAACUCCGUUAAACACCGAGACAUGCCGGUGACUAUGCCCUCGUUGUAGGGGGGUAGCGUAAUCAACGAUACCGCAACAGCAACGAUUUGUCCUUGCUCGUUCUACCGAGUUCUGUCUAUUAUAAAUACAGGACGAUCCGUAAGUCGCGGGUUAUU